UAUCAAGGCUCCCUAUCCCCAACCCUCUAUUCUUUUACAUCCACAAAAGAUUUGGCUAAGAAAAGGGCUUACAUGCUACAGGCCAUCACAAGAUAAGCUCGCAAAGGCAACCCCAUAUCUAGAAAGGAGAAAAGAGAUGAUUCAAGAACUAUUGGGAGGUGCAGGCUUAUUAGCAGGAGAGAGGAAAAUCUCCAUCAAUGGAUCAGGAGGAAUUUUAGAAGCUGCCACUUUGCCUCACUCACUUUCUCCUUCACCAUCUCCUUCUCCUUCAUCUUCUACUACAAUAGCAAACGCCACGGCCACAACUAUCUCGGCCGCGACCGAGACGUCCUCGAGCAAUUCGGAGAAUUUGAGGUGCCCGCGGUGCGAUUCUUCCAACACAAAGUUCUGCUACUACAACAACUACAACCUCACUCAGCCCCGCCACUUCUGUAAGACGUGCCGCCGCUACUGGACCAAAGGAGGAGCCCUCCGGAACGUCCCAAUCGGCGGGGGAUGCCGAAAGAACAAGAGCAACACCGUGGUCUCAGCCUCCGCAGGAAAGUCAGUCACCACCACCGGGAAGAUGAAAAUGGUGGCAACCGAGAUCGGAGUAAGGCCGGGAUUCGGUGCCGCCGGGUUCGACCCCGACCUCUCUUCGACCCCAAUACUAUGGGGCUCCCCACAAAAUUCUCAUCUGUUGGCGUUACUCAGGUCAGCUCAUCAAAACCCUAACCCUAACCCUAAUCCACUAUGUAGUAGUGCCAAUGCUUCUCUUAAUAAUGUUAAGGAAGAAGGUAGUAGUGGUAAUGGCCUGAUUGGGUCCCACAUGAUGAGUAGUACUGCAACUGAGACAUCAUCAGCUGCAUUAAACGGCACAGUGAAUAUUGGUCGGAGCCUGGGGCUGGAUCCCAUGGCGCAGGUUCCAUCGCUAGGUCUGUGCAGCUCCUUUUGGAGAUCAUCAUCAUUAUCAAACAACAGCCAAAAUCACCAACAAACUUACCACCAACAAAAUGGUUUCACACAGCUUGGUGAAGCAGCUCAUAGCAACGGUACUAGUGGAAUACAAGAGCUGUAUCAGAGGCUAAGAUCAUCAACAUCAUCAUCAUCAGCUGCUAAUAACUAUUUCAACGAUCAGACGGCUGUGGUUCUUACUCAUCAUCAUCAUAAUCACCAUGGGGGUUCUAAUUCUUCUCAUUCAUCCUCUUCCUCUGCUAAUUCAACUUCUACGACGAAGACGAUGACGACGUCGAUUUUGGAGUCCGCCCCAGUUGGUGGCGGAGGAGAAUUGGGUUUCUGGAACAACCAAGCAGCAGCUUUCUCAUGGUCUGAUCUUCCAACAACUAAUGGUGCAUAUCCUUAACAAACCUUUUAUU